GCUUAAUGUUCCGUCAUUAUCUAUGGAGCUUAGUUAUAAAAUGUUGCUUCGUAUAGUGCACACGUACGCGCAGUAGUCAAGGAUUAACCGCUUUAAGACUUAAGAAUGUGAAUAUAAAUAUUGAUGAUGUUGUUGGCAGUGUGACUGUAUACAAAGCUUAGGAUAACAAGACAAUUGAAUCAGGAAUAACGACUUGCUGUAUCGAUGUUGAUGUAUUUAGCAAAUUAUACGACCAGUCUCUCUAACAAUCAAUACUAUGAAAUGGAAUACACUGCAUAUUGAGUGAAACUAAACAAGAUAACUUAUGUUACUGACAAGCGAAACAAACAAAAAAUCAAAAUAAACAUCACUGGUUUGUUUUUGCACUAUAUAAUGGAUAAACCAUGUUUUUACACGACAUUUUUCUUUUGUCAUGGAUUGAACUGUCCAGUGGGAACAUAAUUAUUUAGACUGAACUGAAUGUUCGAUUUCCGGGUUAGUGUUUGAACUGUCGAUGGUUUUUGUGAGUCACUUGAUUAGAAAAACUUAUGAAUGAAGAUCGUGCAGGAAAUGGGACGUUAUAAUAGACGCCGUGUAAUUUGUUGCAACAUAAUUAUCAAUUAAUAAUUUUAUUUUUGUGUAAAGAUAGUGUUAAAUAUUAUUUACUAUAACUCGUAUUUUGGAUUAUACUCGUACUGUAUAUGCUGUUAAUUUCUAUUCUGGAACAUAUAGUAUGUGACUUGUUCUUCGUUUCCUACUAUAUUCUAUGAUUACAGAAUAUACAUGUUUACAUGUAUGCACGAUAACAGGGGAGGUAACUUGGGGUUGUCAAUAGGACGGGAUGGCAUUAUGCAACGUGAAUCAUAAAAUUCAAUUGUGAUCAUAUGAACAUCCAAAACCCAUUGGUAAUGUAGCAUGAAGCAUAAAGCACGAAUCGUAGCAGUGACCUUUCUGUUGUCAAGUACUGUAAUUUUCCUGUUCCUGUUUGUGGAGUCUUCAACGGACGGUGAAAACAAAAGAUACUAUGACACAAAAUUCGGAUCAUUGCAAGGGCAAUUUGAGGAUGCCUUCGGAUUACGACAGGUUAGUAAGAAUCCAGAUCUCAGCCUUAAGAAUAUCAAUGACGUCAAAGAUCAGUUGUAUGUUGGUGUCAAGGGAGAUAGUUCACGUCAAAAGCUAGCGAACCUGACAGUGAUGUAUGACGAACGAGUAGAAAGGUUGUUGGAAAGGCUUGAAAAAAUCAAGCAUUUUGGCUACACGAAAGAGUCACUAGUUAAUACAAGAUUCACAGACAUGACAUUACAACUUGGUAGAAGUUUCAGAGAAAAAUCCAAAUUAUUAUUGCCACUGGAUCGGCGGAGAAUGAAGGACAGACAUGCUAGCAACUAUUAUAAAUUUCAUCAUAAUGUCCGCGCUGGGUCCCUAUACGACCCCUUUGACCCUAGUAUAGACGGCUUGAUCUAUGACAUGCAGACACAGGAGUUCGAAUCUGUUGAAAUGAUGGAAAAGGGUACAGAAUUGAAACUACUGGUAAAGCUAAGUAGCGGUACUAAAGCGGUUUUCAAACCGAUGAGAUGGGAUAGAUCUCAUGAGACGUUACCAAACCAUUUUUAUUUUAACGACUAUGAGAGACAUAAUUCUGAAAUUGCAGCAUUCCAUUUAGAUAGAGUAAUGGGUUUUUAUCGAGUGCCUCCGGUGACUGGACGUUUUGUAAAUAUGACUAGGGAAAUAUUUCUUCUUGCUGAUAGGAAAUUAAAAAAGACAUUUUAUGUAUCUCCAGUGGGUAACUUGUGUUUCUUUGGAGAAUGUUCAUACUACUGUGAUAGCCGUCAUUCUUUCUGUGGAAAUGUUGACAUAAUUGAGGGCUCGCUCAUGGUCUGGUUACCCGAGGGCCCUAACAGCGAACGAGAUAGAUGGAAGAGCCCAUAUAGAAGAUCCUAUAGUAAAUUCCGCAAAGCCGAAUGGGAGAAGGAUGAAGAUUAUUGUAAAAAACUUACAAAAAAUCCGCCUUACCUCUACACCAGAUUUAUCCCAGAUCUGAUUGAUUCUCAUGUUUUUGAUUUUUUAACUGGUAUGCACUAAGGAUAGGAAUUCUGU